UCUCCGGCAGGAAGCACAAAUAACCAAAUAACAGGAAGCAUUCACAAUCAUCUCACAGAGCCUGGCCCCCUGGCAGAACUAACCGGCGGAGGGCGGACAUUGGAAUCACACCGAGGUUUAAUUUCAUCCCCAUCCUCCUCAUAUCAGGGGAAACCAUCCGCCUCCGCCCCUAGCGACCUCCGGGACAGUAGACAGAUGGAGAAACAGGCCGGAGCUGCCGGGGCGGCGGAAGCAGCAGGGCCGAACAGAAAGCCCUGGGGCUUGCCGAGCUCAGGACCAAACACCGGUGAAACCCCGGAGAGUCCUACAGGUUCUCACGUAGAGUGGUGUAAACAGCUGAUCGCAGCCACCAUCUCCAGUCAGAUCUCAGGAUCGGUCCCGUCAGAUAUAAACAGGGACAACAAGGCUAGGAGAAGACCAGAUUUCAUGAUGAACGACAGAAAGCCAGAUGGACCAAGUCACCUGCCGAUAUCCUGCCAAUCCUUUCAUGGAAAGCGCUCCCUGCAGCAAGACUCACAAGAUGAAGAGCUCUGUUACCAUGGAGAGAGUGAUUCUGAUUCUCCGAACCUUCCUGCUUUGAGGUACGGGGCGCAGGUCACUAUGUCCCAGAACCAGGUUCCUCUGCUGCCAGGAGAAACAGUGCAGACCACAGUGAAGGAUGUGAUGUACAUCUGUCCCUUCAGUGGUCUGGUUAAUGGAACCCUGACCAUAACAGACUACAAGCUCUACUUCACCAGUGUGGAAAGGGAGUCUCCGUUCAUCCUGGAUGUGAACCUGGGAGUCAUCAGCAGACUGGAGACCAUCAGUGUCCCCAACCAGGGAGAGAACACCAAAGGACUGGAGUUAGUCUGCAAGGACAUGAGGAGUCCCAGGUUCGCCUAUAAGACGGAGGAGAGUAAUCCAGACGUGGUGGAGCUGCUGGCCAAACACGCCUUCCCCCUCUCACACAGCCUGCCUCUGUUUGCCUUCCUGUACAAGGAGCAGUUUCCUGUGGACGGCUGGAAGGUGUACGACCCGACAGCUGAGUACAGACGUCAGGGCCUCCCUAAUGAGAGCUGGACCUUCAGUAAGAUGAACAGCAGCUAUGAGCUGUGUGACACCUACCCCUUCAUCCUGGUCAUCCCCACCAACAUCGCAGAAGACGACAUCAAGCGGGUGGCUGUGUUCCGAGCAAAGCACCGCAUACCGGUCCUGUCCUGGAUCCACCCAGAGUCUCAGGCCACCAUCAUUCGCUGCAGCCAGCCGUUAGUCGGCCCUUCAGACCGCCGCUGCAAAGAGGACGAGCAUUACCUCCAAAUCAUCAUGGACGCCAACGCCCAGUCCCACAAGCUCACCAUCUUUGACGCCCGGCAGAGCAGUGUAGCAGUCACCAACAAGGCGAAGGAUGGAGGGUUUGAAAGUGAGAGUUUCUAUCCAAACGUGGAGCUUAACUUCCUGGAAAUCCCCAACAUCCAUGUGAUGAGGGAGUCCCUGAGGAAGAUGAAGGACGUGGUUUACCCCACCAUAGAUGAGGCCCACUGGCACUCUGCUAUCGAUCAGACACACUGGCUGGAGUACAUACGGUAUUCAUCUGUUAGCAGGUGUAGCAUUCUGUCAGAUAAAUGUCACAUUGAAGGAAUGUUUUGGAUUAAACUCUUCUGUCCUGUGCAGGAGGUGCAGACACAGACUGUGUCCCUGUGGUCCUACAUUAACAGCCAGUUUGAGGACUUCACCAACCCUUUCUACGUAGACUACGAGCACCAUGUUCUGUAUCCGCUGGUGUCCUCCAGACAUCUGGAGCUGUGGACCGCAUACUACGCCCGCUGGAACCCCCGCAUGAGACCCCAGGUGCCGGUGCACCAGACGCUGAAGGAGCUGCUGCUGCUGAGGGGGGAGCUGCAGAGGAGGGUGGAUGAGCUGCAGAGAGACGCUACCUCCCACUCCCUGACCUCCUCCUCCGAACACUCCCCCGCACACAGCACGCCACUGCACAGCGCUGUCUGACACACACACACACACACACACAGAUAAAGCAUGUUUUUGCCCAAUUAGCACAUGUUUACAAUUUUAUAUUAACAUUCCUAAAUACAUUUCUACAAACAACCCUGAUACAACACCUGUGUUUAUUAUUUAUAUUAUUUAAAUGUAUCAAGUAUUCAGAAAGACCAGCUUCCCCUGCACUGUGGGAACCUUAUCACCCACUUCACUGGUGUUUGUGUUUUUGUAUGAAGAAUUGCUUCUAUAUUUCUCAGGGCUCAGGAAGUCACAUGACUGCCAGUGACUUUUCACACACACUCCUCUCCCUUUACUAUGUCAGUGACUGACUGAUUAGAAUCAUUGGUGUGAGCUAUGCUAAGCAGAAAUAAUAUGAAAAUAAUGUUUUUUGGCCAAUCAGAGAAGAGGAGAAUCACAAUGAACCCCACCCCACAGUAAGGACACUGCCUUACUGUGCAUGAUUUCCUAUAUUUGUUUUUUUAAAUGAUUGUUUUAUUUGAAUUUUUUUUUACUUUCCCUCAUCCCCCAAACCACUUUGUCAUUUACUGUAAAUAAUUUCUAGCCAGUGUUUCUCACAAACGAACCGAACCACAGGUGUGUGUGCAGCUGCUCCCAAAGUUUCUGAUUGUGAAUUUAAUCGACUUUAAAGCGACACGAUCGUAGGACAGUGUUUUUAUAAAGAUGAGAAAAUUUUAAAUAUUGAAAAUGCCAAGAUAUUUUUUAUUACAGUUCAGAAUUGAUAAUUAAGUUAAAUAUGAUCAAAUGUGUGAGAUACAAAAUACAGAUUUUAAGAUUAGAGUUUGUGAUUCAAUUUUAGGUACAUUAUUUAAGAACAAUUGAUGACUAAAUUCAGUUGUCUAGAAAUCUGGUGUAAAAAAUCCUAUUUAUCCCUCAAGUGAAAUGUGCUUUAUGAAAGAUGUAUAAUGCAGAUAUCACUGUGAACUAACAUGUUCAAGCUUUAAAGUACCUAGUGUACAGUUACAGCAGUUCUGCCAAUAAUGAACACAAUUAAUGAUCAGCUCUCAACAAAAAAAAGACUGCUGAUCACCUUGCCUUUAUUUCAAGAGGACACUUCAAUUGACAAACAAAUCAAUGCAUUUAAAGAAGACAACUGGAUUGAGAACAGUAUUACUGAAGUUAUUAUCCACUGUUAAAGAACAGGGCCCACACUUGAUAGAAAUGAGCAAGAAUCAGGUUCACCACCUCUGACCUGUUUGGUGUUGUUACAGUUUGAAAGAUGUCCCUUUUAUUCUAAUGCGAUUUGACUUAUACAUUUCACUGUGUACGUGUGGCAUGCAAUUGUACAAAUCCUUUUUUAUGUAAAUUAUGUGAUGGAUUAUGAGAAGUUAAACCUCUUAAUGAGCCAUAAUCACUUCUGACAUUCCAUUUAAAAACAAACAAAUCAAAACUCCAGACUCAUUCUUUUCUUUUUAAACAUUUUAUUUUAUUGGUUCAUAUUAGUAAAAAGUUUCCGUAACAUAUUGCCAGAGACUUAUCGUAGUGGAAUAAGAGAAAAAGCAGAGUUCACUAUUACACUUCAAGCAAUGAAGACUGUCCAACAUUCAGUUGUCAGGAAGACACAGAGUUCAACACUCGUACGCUCCACCUUACUGUGGUUACAGUAUGUAGAGAAAAGCAUGCAUUUAGUGUAUAUGAGAGCAGUAUGCUGAAGAUGUGUUUGUGUUGUAUGUUACAGAGGGCCAUGCAAAGCCAGCCCUCAGAUAUCAAAUAAUGAAAAGCUGUGCUGGGAUUUUCUUUGUUUUCUCAAACUGGGACGUGAGGUGGUUGUAUUUGGGCGGGCUUUGCAUGGCCCGGUGACAGGCACUAGAGUGUACUGCAGGAAGAGGACUCAGGAUCUGCAUUGUAUCAGGACAGACGUGCCUAUCUAAACACUCCACAAAGCGAGCUAACUGUAAUCCAGGCUUAAUUAGUACAAUCACUUAAGGAGGCAGUUUUGCAUAAUUCAAAUUGUGUUGCUACGAUAACCACAUUUAUAGAUUACGCCUAUUGAUUUGAUAUGGCAACGAUUUAGAGCUGCAUUAUGGGAUAAUACAAUUUGGUUAUUUAUCUAGGGGUAACUAGCAGGGGGCAGCUACAGUGUUUGCAAAGAGAGGUCCUGAUUGUAUAGUAGUCUGAGAAAAUGACCCUACUUUAUAUAAGAUUUAUUACCUUAGUAAAACGUUUUCUGAUAAGUUUAUUCUCUCAAUUAAUUGUUCCAAAUCUUCUUCAAUACAGCAUGAUGUUAGAUCUGUAUAUUGUUAUUUUAGCACACUUUGUUAUACAGAUCCCUAAUCCUUUUCAGAGAACACUCCUGGUAACCGAUUCCAAACAGCAGUAUGGCACAUGUUCGAGGAUAAUUGCUUUAGCUGAAUCUUAAAGCAGUAUCAACAUCCACAGUGGCAAUAAAAACUGAGUCAUUCGCACAUCGUGUUUCAAAGUGAGCAUGGCCAUUAUACGAUACCCUUCAAUCUAAUCAAUCACGUUUUAUCUUACCGUAAAACCAAUUCAAAUUAGCGUUACAUAAGAUCCAAGCCCAGAUUCAAUUAUUUUCUUUCAGGCUUAUUCCAAAAACCUUUUUUCAUUCAACCCCAAUACAUAAAGGCAAUUUCAAUCUCAAUCAAUGCUGAAUCUUUGGUGAAUUUGUAUUUUUGCUACAGGCCAAAGGUUUUUGCUAUAUCACAAAAGACAUUCAGUAAACAGAAAGGUUUGUCAUUUUGCGUUUGCUUUGUGUGAGGUUCAGCUGCCAGAGCUGGACCAAACACUCAGGCCUCUCAGUCCUCUGGGUGCUGCUACCGGACGGUCACUCCAGGUAACCACCCAAAGGAGCUGAAGGCUCUGGGUGUUCCUCUAGCUCAGGUAACAGCUACGGAGGUGUUGGAUGAAUACUGUGGCGCGUCCCUGUGAGACUGCAGGGUAUAAGGCAAAGAGAGGAGCACCAUUUGAAUUACAGCUGGCAAGGCAUGACUCUUGCAAGGUGAAAACAUGAGUUUAGGUUUGUUACACCAACCCAGUGAUACUCAAAUUACGGCCGAUAGGGUGGCCCGCCAACCAUUCACAAGGGGAUAUUAAAAAAAGAAUUAAAAUACACUAAUGGCGCUUGUUUACCAAAAAAAGUGCCUCAAACCUCCAAAUUGAUGUCAAGUCCAAGCACUGAAAACUGUUGAGUCUAAAUGGCAAUCCUAGCGCAUGUCUUAAAAAAACUCUACCACCCCUGUCCUAACCUCAACCGUCCAAGAUCAAUGCCUUACCUAGACCAUCUUGCUACCAAUUCGACCUGAGCAAGGUUCAGUUAUAAACUGGCCCCUGACCUCCUGUUAUUUUGCCAAAGUGGCCCCCAUGCAAAGCAAGUUUAGUAUCACUGCUCCCAACACUCUUAGUCCAUAAACACUUCGUUCCAAAAGCAACUCCAAACCGUGUAAGGUUGCAUUUUAGCGGUGUUUUGGACUUCUACAGUAGGAGCAACACAAAGGAACUGUGGGUAGAGGUGUCUUAUUUUCCAAGGCAACAUUGAGAAGACCAGGGUGUGGCAUGUAGGACUGCGCUGCACCCUGUCAAAUAUCGAACACACCAACGCUUUUUACAGCUCAAACAACACAUACUGCCACAGCAAACAUCCUUCAUGCAUUCACCUCUGUAGAUACAGAUCUAUCAGACACUACUCAGGUCAUUACCAAUCCAACGCCACGUUCAUGUCACGCUUUUUUCUACUAGUUUUUUGGGCGUUAACAACUUAACAUUGGCUAUCUGGUUUGUUUUUAAAAAAGGUGAAUUAAUUGGUUCUAGGGUACAAAAGACCAACUACUCAAUCGCCACCAAGGAACCAAUGCGCAUUUCAAGAGGCGUGCAUGGUUCCAAGCACUAGCUGGAUGUGUGGAGAUUUGCAAUAAGAAGGUAAAGGAAGUUGUAAAUCUUCAAUUCAUCUGUGACAUGAACGCAGCAUUUUCACCUCCGCCAAUGGGGUACUUAUUUUGGUUCCGUUUGUUCGACACCGGAAUUACAAGAAAACUACCAAUCCAAUCAUGAACCCGUUACAAUUUGGAGCAGAUCCGAAAUCAUGGGGUGGAUACACAAUUAUUUUUCCCUUUCAUAGGGAAAGGGUCUUGGCGGAGUUCUUGGAUCUCCUAGUGCAUUCUAGUUCACUGUUUAAAUAUGGAGAUAUUUAAAGCCCACUAAAUAGGGUUCAAUCAUUCUCACCAGAGAUCCUUAGCAGUGCUAUAAAACGACCGACAGACUAAAUAUCAGACAGUUUAGAAAACAGUGAAUGGUUUCAGAUGCAGCCCUCGUUCUCGCUCAGGAACUUAAGAGACCUCUUCAGGCGAACAACAAAGCAUUGGCAGUACAGAACAAGGAAGCGUUAACUAUCUACAAAAAUGUUAGGCUAAGUUAUUAGGAAAGUUGGGUACAAAGUGUAAAAAGAGCAGGCAAAGAGUGUAAACACACGCAUACACUAAAGAGUAAAAUAUGGAGCAUAAAUAUGCUCUUACAGACUAAUAGUACAAACACAGAACUGCUCACAGUAAUAUGUACAACCAUCACAACUUUCCAAAAACACUCCUUAUGACGCUAUUCAAUAAUCUAAAGCUAACUACUGCUGCUGACUCCAUCUACACGGCUAAAGCAGACUUCUAUAUUUUUUAUGCAUAUCCUCUUAACCAGUAUUGUCUUUGUGCCAACUUCUUCAAUCUCUUCUCAUGCCAACCGAACCCAGUCAUUGGCUAUUGGGACACAUCGGACAACUUUCACAAAUACCUCACUUUCCCACUCUUGUAAAAUCUUGUUCCAUUGUGGCCAUUUUGAAGUCUACCAAAGGCUUCUGUUUGCUUAAAAAAAGGGUUUGCCCAAUUAUCUAACAGUGCACGCCCAUAUUCAGACAGUGAAUUCAGAGAGCCAGUGGCUGUCAAUCAUGCCAACCGAACCCAGUCAUUGGCUAUUGGGACUCAAGCUAUAACAGCAGCAUUCCUAUUGGCCUUCCAUUGGGCGCUCAGAACGGGUAUGUCUUUACACUUCUGUUUAAAGAAUACUAAGGCAAUAAUUGUAAUCGCAAUAAAGUGGGAAAAGUUUAGACAAUUCUUAAGACUUUUAACACAUUUUAUAUUAAUUCAAUAAUAUAAUCAUGGAUUUCUUUAUAUAUAGAAUAAUAUCUCAUAACCUUUUGGUGCAGAUUAUUACCUUUGAAUUGGUAUAUGAUAAGGGUAUCUAGUUAUUGUUGAUAUUUGUCGAAAUCUAUUUAUGAUUGGGCAAUAGUUUUUUGGUCUAUCAAAAGAGUUUUGUAAUAAUGUGAUGCCACUUUUAUACAUUCACCGUCCCUGUAGAUUUAUCAUUAAUUUAAUUUUAAAAUGGCCACAAUGGGAAAAAGAUCAAAUGAGUUAUUCUGCACACACUGGCACCGCAUUGCUAACACAAUAAAACACAGUAGGCUACCAACAUUAUUAUCUUCUGAAUAUAGCAGUUAAUCUUGAACAAAAAUCACAUGUGCCUUUCCACAAGCCUCGCCACAUCCUGAACAAAGUGCCAAGGUUAUUUAUUUUCCUUUUCAAAUAUCUUCCCCCUAAAGAAAAGAACACGCUGUGCAUUUUGAAGCUCUAACUGCAGGGGAACUGAUUAAGCUAGCAUCGUUUUUUAUGCUACAUGCUACAAGUCUGGUGAAUUUCCUGAACUUUAAUCCCACUUUUGAUAACAAAUCUAAUCCCACCGCUCAAUUUUUUUUAGCUCAUCACAAUCAUUUCACCAUCACUAAUUUGGAAAACUAAGCCAGGCUCCCUUCUUUAGGCAGUCAUUAAAAGCUACUUGAAAAAAAACGGAAUAUAUUUACACUAUAAAAAGUCACAGGUUGUAAGUAGACGGAAAUGUUAGGACACCUUUUUUUCCCACUGCAAAAAGAUCAAAAUCUGAAUAAGGCAACUUUGUACAUCAGGAUAGACAACAUGAGGAGAAAGUAGGCUACAUGUAGCAACUAAUGAUGUCACUGCCACAUGAUGUAAACAGUAGCUACCUGCAGUCAGUUCUAUUUCAGUUCUAUGAGGUACGUCCCACUAAUGGACUUCAUUCACUUAUAGUGGAGCUCUUGGGAAACUUCAAUUAAUCAUGAUAUUAAAUAUAACAUUAUUAUCUCAGAGGAUCACCUCAUAAUGAUAAUAUA